AUGAUACCAGGGUCGCCUCAGAGUCAGGCUCAGUCUAAGGCUCAGUCUCAGUCUCGGACUACAUCCCACUCCCACACUACUGCCUCCGCCGACUUGGAGCUGUCCUCUCUUGCUCGCUCCUCGACUACUUCUAUUGCAGACCAAGAUGCUGCCUCCCCCAUCUCAUACGAGGCCCAGAUCACCCAGGGAGGCCCCUUGCAGGAUCGCGACCAACACCACGACCAACACCAUCUCUCAGCCGCCCCGCCGGUAACACCUCCUCUGACAGACCAAGAACCUCGCGGCGUCCUCUCCCAGCUCUGGCACGCCGUCAUGUCUCGUAACCCACUGUUGAUUCGCUCCUCUCCGGCCCUAGGCACUGGCUCAUAUGGUGCUGUUCCUGUCAUGACCUCGCCAUCGGAGGACGAGGCAAGUUCGGACGACGAAAACAAUCGCAAGUUCAGGCGAGGGGCAAAUGGCAAACAAUGGGGAAAGAGGAGACAGUCUGCCCAUGGAACGUCAGAUGAUCAUGGCCCCUUCUCAGAUCCACGACAUAGACACAGAAGCACGGAAUGGCUACGGAAACGAUCGUCGUCAAUUACAAGUGAAGUCGGCAUGGGGUCAGAUGCUAAGGCUUCCUUUGCAGUCAACCCCGCGAUCGCGGAGCACAAGGCUGAGUCUUCGAAUGCCAGCACACGCACCGGAAGUGGCUCUGACGCCGAAAAUGAAUAUAUCCCAACCGCAGAAGAUCCCCCAGACAAUUCUCCUUAUCCUGAGGUACGAGCAUCUGUCCCGGCGACGGACAAUACCUCUUUAUCUAUAAAUACCCCACGAAUGUGGACUCUUUCCUUGAUUUUCGCCAUAGGUGGUUCCGCCACGAAUUUAUUCUUUUCUCUGCGAUACCCUAGCGUGGCAAUUACUCCAGUUAUUGCACUUGUACUCGUCCAUCCUCUGGGAAAGUUAUGGGACCUGCUACUCAAGAGGAGUCACGACCAGGAACUGGACUUUGUGGAUGGUUCGCUACAAAAGGAUGCUCCUCAAUAUGCUUGGACUACACGCAAACAACGACUACGACUGUGGCUUGCUCAGGGCCAUUGGAACGAGAAAGAGCAUGCUUGUGUCUACAUUAGCAGCAAUGUCUCGUUUGGCUUUGCUUUUGCGACCGAUGUCAUCGUUGAGCAGCACAAGUUUUACAAACAAGAGGUGCCAAUCCUAUACCAGCUUCUUCUGACCAUUUCAACCCAGAUCCUUGGCUAUGCAUUUGCAGGUCUGACCAGGCGCUACCUGGUACGACCAGCGGCGAUGAUUUGGCCCGGAACUCUAAUGUCAACAGCCAUGUUCACAACGAUGCACAAAAAUGAAAACAAGAUAGCCAAUGGAUGGACAAUAUCACGCUACAAGUUUUUCAUUUAUGUUUGGGCAGCUGCUUUCCUCUGGUACUUUCUGCCAGGCCUUCUCAUGCCUGCAUUGAGCUACUUCAACGUGAUUACUUGGUUUGCGCCCAAGAAUGUCGUGGUGUCGAACCUGUUUGGCGUUGCAUCGGGGCUAGGACUCUUCCCAAUCACCUUUGACUGGGCUCAAAUUGCAUACAUUGGAUCACCAUUGCUUACUCCUUGGUGGGCAGCGGCAAAUGUCAUUGGCGGCCUGGUGCUGGUGAUGUGGAUUGCUGCCCCUAUCCUAUACUAUAAGAAUGUCCUUUUUUCGGGGUAUUUGCCUAUUCUUUCCGCGGCAGUCUUUGACAACCAGGGCAAACCUUACGAUGUCAGCAAAAUCCUAACACCAGAAUUCCUAUUCGAUCAAACCGCGUACGAGAAUUAUUCCAAGGUUUACCUACCUAUUACAUAUGUCUUGUCGUAUGGUGUCCAAUUCGCGGCACUCUCAGCGUUAAUCACUCAUACCACUUGUUGGCAUGGCAAAGAUAUCUGGCGCCAGUCAAAACAAGCGUUUAGCGAGAAGCAGGGACUUUCCACGGCAGGAUAUCAAUCGAUACCAACCUCCGACGGUGACCACAAUUUGAGCAGGAUGGAUAGUCAGACUAUUCGAGCAAGUGGCGAAGAUGUGCAUCAUCGCCUGAUGAAGCGUUACCAAGACGUUCCCAUGCUGUGGUAUCUCUUUACUUUUAUCUCCAUGCUGGCUGUCGGAAUCUUUGUUGUGGAGUACUAUCCAGUCUAUCUACCAUGGUAUGGUUUAUUGCUGGCACUUGGUAUUACCACAGUGCUCUUCAUUCCCGUGGGAAUCGUCAUGGCGAUCACCAAUCAACAUAGCAGCUUAUACCUGAUAUGCCAGUUGAUUUGUGGUGUCAUCUUUCCCGGAAGACCCGUGGCAAAUAUGGUCUUCGUAACCUAUUGCUACAUCAGUUCGGCCCAAGGUAUAAAGUUUUCCUCUGACUUGAAACUUGGCCACUACAUGAAGAUACCUCCCAAAUUGCUUUUCAAGGUCCAAAUGGUUGCCACUUUGGUUUCAAGUCUGGUUCAAAUUGGUGUGCUCAACUGGAUGUUUGUCAACAUACCAGGCAUUUGCACACCCUCAGCCAUCAACGGCUUCAAUUGCCCCAUUGCGAGGGUACAUUUCAACGGCAGCAUUCUUUGGGGCGUCGUUGGUCCGCAGCGGUUUUUCGGGCCAGGAGCAUUAUAUAGACCAUUGGUAUGGGCGUUCUUGAUUGGGUUUAUUGCGCCCAUUAUUGUUUGGGCACUGGGAAGGAAGAAUAAGAAGAGUAUAUGGAGGAAAGUCAGCUUUCCUGUUCUGUUCGGCAGCCUAAGUUGGAUCCCUCCUGCCACAGGUCUCAAUUUCUCGAUUUGGGGUGUGGUGUGUUUUGCAUUCAAUGGAGUGAUGCGGAGAAGAGCUUCAGCGUGGUGGGGCAAAUACACCAUGACCAUGUCUGCUGCGCUGGAUUCAGGUCUCGCCUUUGCACUAGUCGUGGUGUUUUUCGGAUUCAUCUAUCCAGGAUUCAUGGACAACUUCAAGUGGUGGGGCACCGAAAUUUACAAGCAGGGAUGUGACUGGCAGGCCUGUCCUUGGAUCAGCCUCAAACCUGGCGAGAAAUUCGGAGAGUGA